AACCAGGGAAUCACAUGGGCUGUUAGUUGCACUUGGACUUUGCUUUUUUGUUAUUGCCAUUUGCUAUUUUCUAGUCAUCCAAUGUCUGAGUUUGUAGUUAACUAUUAACCACCAAAUCUUCCAAUAUAACCACCCUUUAUUAUAAUACUAAUAAAGAUAAAUUACAUCACCACUAGGCCUAUAUAUACUCCUUCACAUUUCAUAUCUUCUGCAUCAGGGUUAGAGUCUUAGAGAUAAAAAAACGGAUAUGGAGAUCCCAGUGAUAGAUUUCAAUGAGCUUAAUGGAGAUAAAAGAAGUGAAACAAUGGCUCUCUUACACCAAGCUUGUGAGAAAUGGGGCUGCUUUCAGAUAAGAAGCCAUGGAAUUGACACAAAGUUGAUGGAGAGAGUGAAGCAGUUGGUGAAUAUACACUACGAGCAGAAUCUAAAGAAGCAGUUCUAUGAGUCGGAGAUAGCUAAAAGAUUCGAGAGCAAAGGGCACACCUCCGACGUAGACUGGGAAAGCAGCUUUUUCAUUUGGCAUCGCCCUAUAUCAAACAUGGAAGAAUUCGAAAACCUUCCAAAAGAUUUUUGCUCAACGGUAGAUGAGUAUAUAGCUCAACUGCUCAAGCUGGCGGAGAAGCUUUCCGAGCUUAUGUGUGAGAAUCUUGGUCUAGAGAAAGACUUUAUAAAGAGUGCUUUCUCAGGGACCAAAGGUCCCUCUGUGGGAACUAAGGUGGCGAAAUACCCCCAGUGUCCAAAUCCAGAACUUGUGAGAGGACUUAGAGAGCACACAGAUGCUGGUGGGAUCAUACUCUUGCUCCAAGAUGACCAAGUCCCAGGUCUCCAAUUCCUCAAAGAUGAUGAAUGGAUCGCGAUUCCGCCAUCGAAGAACAACACCAUCUUUGUGAACACAGGUGACCAAGUGGAGAUAUUGAGCAAUGGAAGGUACAAAAGUGUUCUGCACCGUGUCAUGGCUGACAAGAAUGGAAGUAGACUAUCCAUUGCCACCUUCUAUAACCCCGCCGGUGACGCCAUCAUCUCUCCUGCUCAAAAACUGUUGUACCCAAAUCACUUCCGUUUCCAAGAUUACCUGAAGCUUUAUGCUACCACAAAGUUUGCUGACAAGGCCCCGAGAUUUGAAGCCAUGAAAAAAAUGGUCAAUGGGAGCAAUGGUCUUCUAGCAUAAAAAGUUAUUUCUUACUUCUAGCCUAAAAUGUUAUUUCUCACUUUACUAUAUCAAUGUGUACUCCUCACUUAUGGGGUUUGUCUGCUACCUUUGUUUUUGCUAUGUUAUCCAAAUAAUGAACAUUAAAAGAGAAGAAAAGGUAUUCCAUGCAAA